AUGAGAGCCCAAAUACUUGCCGAAAUCCCGCCUCGUAUGAUCUUUGAUUAUUCUGCUAAGUCUCGUGGAGACGAUGCUCUCCCGAUCUGUCCUGCUGCGCAGGAAAAUGUCAAAUUCCUGCUUGCAACUGACUUCAAUAUCGCUGAAGAUUAUUCCUGUGCACCUGACCGCCCAUGUAGCAACGGAGCUUGCUGCCCCAAGAAGACUUUGUCCUGCAACUAUGGCGAAGAGUACUGCGGCACUAACAACAUUAGUCCUAAUGAAGUGUGCUGGUCAAACUGUGACGCCAAAGCCGAGUGUGGCAAGAAUGCCGACCCACCCGGUAAAGAGUGCCCUCUCAAUGUGUGCUGUAGUAAAUGGGGAUUCUGCGGCAUGACAAAGGAGUUUUGCGAAAAGGGCACAGAUGAUGAACCAGGAUGCCAAUCGAACUGUGACCAGCCGCGUCCGGGGAAAAAGGCUAGCGAGCAGAACAUAAUCAUCGGUUAUUAUGAAGCCUGGCGUCAUGACAGCAACUGUCAGGGCAUGGGCUUGAAAGAUAUUCCAGUCAAUUCGCUCACUCAUCUUUUCUUCUCAUUUGGGUACAUUACCCCUGGCGAUUUCAAGAUCGCGGGGAUGGACGGUCUUCCUGACAAGUUAUUUUCCGACUUCACGUCACUUAAAAAGAAAAAUCCAGGUCUGAAGACAGUCAUUGCUCUUGGUGGCUGGACUUUCAACGAUCCAGGCCCAACACAAAAGGUUUUCAGUAACAUGGUCAGCACAAAAGAGAAUCGCGCCAAGUUUAUAGAUAACCUUUUCUCUUUCAUGCGACAAUAUGCCUUUGACGGCGUUGACUUUGACUGGGAGUAUCCGGGUGCUGAUGACCGCGGUGGCAUCCCAGGAGACGGAAAGAACUUCGUGAAGUUCCUUAAGGAAUUGAAUGACGUGAACAAGAAGCAGCCCAUGCAUUAUUCUGUGUCAUUCACCGCACCAAGCAGUUACUGGUACCUUCGCCAUUUCGAUCUCAAGGCAGUGGAUUAUGUGGAUUUCGUAAAUAUGAUGACUUACGAUUUGCACGGUGUAUGGGACCGUGACAAUCCCAUCGGCAGUCACAUCUAUGGCCACUCCAAUAUUACCGAGAUGAGACUGGCCCUUGAUCUUCUUUGGCGUAACGACGUCCCUGCACACAAAGUCAACAUGGGUCUUGGUUUCUAUGGACGCAGCUUCCAGCUCCAAGAUCCAGCAUGCGACAAGCCUGGCUGUGUCUUCAAGGGAGGAGCCGCGAAGGGAGCCUGCAGCGGGGAGUCAGGUAUUCUCACCUACCGGGAGAUCAUGGCAAUGAUCAAGACAGACAAGCUUAAGCCUUUCCAUGACAAAACUGCCGGUGUCAAGUAUAUCACAUAUUCCGGCGACCAAUGGGUUUCAUAUGAUGAUGCGGAGACCUUCAAACAAAAGAAAGAACUCGCUAAGGAACUGGGACUUGGGGGCUACUUGAUAUGGGCGGACGCGUACAUUCCGGAUUGCUAUGUGACAGGAUGCGACGGUAACUGUAAGGCCGGAUUUAUCAAGAUCACCGAACAGAAGUGCGGAAAGGAUGAUAAGAAGAGCAAGCUGUGCUGUCCCCUGGCGGGAGCUCCUAAUCCUGAUGACUGCACCUGGCGAGGAACGGCCCCGUUGUGCAAUGGCCAUUGCAAUGACGACGAGGUUCUACUCCAAUUGAACAAGUGGGGGAGCGGACAUCACUGUAACGACGGUCACAAAGCGUAUUGCUGCAAGAGCCCUCUUGCCCAGGAGAACAAGUGCUACUGGCAAGGCAUAGGUAAGAAAUGCAAUUCUGGUGACAAAGCCAUGACCUUCUCUGGGACCUUCCUGUCCGAUCUAGUCGACAUCGCCCAGAAGAUAUUUGACAUCAUAGGAAGGCGUACGCCCAUCGGGUUGUUGUUUGGAGACGAGCUCUCAGAGGUUUUAGAUGCAAUUGAGUUGGAUCUAAUGAAACUGUACUGCUGUCCUGAAGAAGAUGCCAAGAAGUGGAAGAAUUGCAAAUGGCACGGUGAACCAGGCAGCUGCUUCGACAACCACUGCGAUGCGAACUCAGAGGUGCAACUCACUGACAGCUACUACGGAGCUGGCGACACAUGUGGUGUGAAGUUGGAGCGUGCUCGCGUUUUCUGUUGCCAACCUGUCAAAGGAGAGCAUCUCUUCCUCCCUGUCCCUCUCGAGAACCUGUUCAAGGAUCCCCCAACGGGGGACAAUAUCGACACAGAUUUUGAUCUUAAUUUAGACGACGAAGAUGACAACCCCAGUGAUACAGCUUUUCAAUUCGUCGUUCUCACUUCUCCCGAAGAGCUCCAGGUGUCCAUCGACAAGCGUGAUGGGUCGCAUUGGGAAGUCUUUGGUUGUAAAGACGCCGUGACAGAGGGUGAGCACACGAUCCAAAUGGUGUGCACAGAUUUUUCAGAAACGAGUAACUGUUAUAAGAUUGGUCUUGGUCACGGUGUUCCUGGAACAAUUCUUCAAAUGCCUAAAGGCUGCGGCCCUGGCAAGUACGCUGUUGCCAAGUCAAUGGAGCCAGCAAAGCGGCAGAUGGUUCCCCGUCAUCUGGCGCACCUUGGCUCCAGGGGCGUUGUUUACGACUUGACAUUCGACUAUGAUUUCUCGCGGGUUCCCCGCGACCUCGGCAACACGCAAAUGCGUGUGGACUUCAGCAAUCAAGAUAAUUAUUGGGAUGAAGUAGUUGCGGCGACGCCAUCCAAGAAGCGAAAGAGAUCACUAGAAGACGUCGGGGGUAAUCAUGUCAGAUGGCUCGAAGAAGAAUUCCGCGACGACUAUCAUUUCGGAGGACUUGACAAACGGGAACUCCAGGAGAGAUGGUUCGGGUCUACCGUGCUCGAGUGGCUGAAAAAGAUGGUUAAACCUGAGAUUAAGCGUGACUUUACACAUGAUGUCGACGAGACUUUCACUGCUGUAAUCGUCGACGAAACUUGGGAGUGCGAGAGGAACAAUGUCAAAUAUGACGGCCAUAUCUCAGCGAAAGCCCUAACGAAUAUGAGAGUCUCGACAUCUUUCGGCUUUACAAUGAUCGUCACGAGCCUAAUCGCCCCUCUUGAUCUGAGCAAAUCUUAUCUCACGUUCUACAACGAAGGUGAAAUCACAGCGACCCUCACGCUCGAUGCCGUGGCAAGCAUUUCCUACAGCAAGGAGAAAACAAUUCUCACUCUUCCCUUUCCCGGAACGUCGUUUCGUAUCCCCGGAAUAGCAACCAUCGGCCCACAGAUUCACAUUUCCGGCGGUCUUGAUGCCCAGCUGUCUGUAGCGGCGAAAUUUGAGACCAAAAUAAGCAUUGCCAAAUGGGAAAUCAGGCAGACGCUCCCAGAUGGCGGUAUGGAUGAGUAUAAGCCGAAGGAAAUUGGGCCAGGUGACCCAGAUUUGGACAGAACGGGGGAUUUCAGUGGCAUCCAAAGGCCAGAAUUUUAUGCCGGCGUGGCCGUAGAAGGGGAUAUCACUGCGAAACUUAGUGCAGCAGCCGAAUUCGGUGUCAGAUUUGAUGAUAGAUGGAAGGUCGGAGGUGCCACAGUCGGGGUUGUGGGUGAAGGUAGCAUCCUUGUCAAAAUGGCCGCCGGAAUCAGCACCGAGGCCACAUGUCCCUUCACCUACGGCAUGCAAGUGGGCGCCAAGUUGUACGCACGAGCUGACGCAAGUAUCCUCAAAUGGCCUGAGACCACAUACGACAUAGUCGGUUGGGAGAAGGACAUUAUUAAAGGCGGCACAUGUCCUAAUCUGGGAGGGCUACCAACAGUGCAAGGCAGUAUGCCACUAGGCCUUCCGUGGAGUACCGAGGGCAACAUGACCUCGAAGGCACACCUAAAACACUCAGAGAAUGCCAGUCACCACAGCCUACAGAAGCGCGCUGCUGUUUAUGGCCCUAAAUUCCAUAUUCCUGUUGGAGACCUUUUCUGUCCGAAGGAUGAGGCGGGACCAGACUUUCCAGAGAACCGUAAUGACUGCCUUCAAAUUCCGGGCAUAUGGGAUAACGACAAGUAUCUCACGGACGGGGACGACUAUUAUAGCUUAACGUCGGGAGCCAGAGCAAGCUUGGAUACGCGUGGCGAAUUGGAAAAGCGUUCCAACACAAAGGAAUCUCUGCUUUGCGGCAAACUGUUGAUGAAGAGCACUUAUCCUACCGGCGGCGAAUUACCAAAAGCUCCGAUUUACGGUUUCGAGAAGAUAGAUUGCGAUGAUUAUAGUUUCGGGACGCCACUAGCCUCCCGUGUAAAGGGUAUUCAGUAUGAUACGGAGCACAUUCUUGAGUUCCAGCUUCCCGGAAAAUUCCUGGCGUAUCUCAACAAGACGAAAGGUUUGGUGUAUGAUCACCCCGAUCCGAAUUGGAAAAACGGUCAGGGAAAGAGGGUAAAGGUCUCGUUUUGCACGUACUUCGAGGCGCUAUGGGAUAUUGACCCGAUUAAUAUCGGCGGAAGCAAGAGCACGCCGGUUGCUCACCUUGGAGAUUGUUAUCCGACAAAGACCCGCUACAGCAAUGAGCUUGUUGUCUUAGAGCAUCGGAUCAACAUCCCGUCCAAAGGAAAGGCUUGGGGUAGCGAUUCACAGAUCGUUGCGAGCAAAACUCUCAAAGACGGCGUCGAGAAACAACCCGACCAAGCUGUGAAGACCCUGCGCGAGCUCGUCGGUUCGGUUUUAUAUCACAAAGAUCCAACCAUCGCCGCCCACCUCAAGCGCCAAAAAGAGCGUGUGGGCAAGAUGUUCGGAUUAAUCGACAAGGAAUUGUCCAAACACCCACGCGUAGUCAACAAUGUGAAAUAUACACCUUGGAAGCCACAGGGCCUGGAGAAAGAGUGGAACAAAUACAUGAGGAGGCAACACAUCUUAGCUUUCACCAAGACGACCAAGCCGGUCAUAGACUGGACUCCAAAGCUGAAGGACUUGUGGGCAAGCAAAGCAGCGAGAGACGCGGCGGAGCCCGAUCCAAACGACAAUCAGAUGCAACAAGACGAGAAAAAGAAGAAAAGAGCAUUGAUUAAAAAAAUCGACGCUCUUGAUAAGGCGCGAUCAGCAUUCUCGCAAUGGAAAAAUCCAUUUUAA